GUAAUAUGCUGAGCAUUUUGGCACGUACUACGGGCCGUAUGGCCUUCAUACGGAGCCUAUCGUCCGCACAAAUGGACGCCCAUGCUCAAGUCAUCGACGACCAGAAGCCGAUGGACGAACAAAGCAAUCCUUCGUUCUUUAAGAUGGUUGACUAUUACUUCGAUAAGGGAGCGACCGUAAUCGAGCCGAAAUUGGUCGAGGAAAUGAAAUCAAACUCGAUGAGCACGAAAGAUAAGAAAAAUCUCGUCAAUGGAAUUCUGAAGGCCAUCAAGCCGGUCAACAAGGUUCUAUACAUCACCUUCCCGAUUCGUCGUGACAAUGGCGAAUAUGAAGUGAUCGAAGCGUGGCGUGCUCAACACUCUGAGCAUCGAACCCCCACAAAGGGUGGUAUUCGUUACUCACCGGAUGUGUGCGAGGAUGAGAUGUGGUCACUUCCGCAAGCGAACAAAGGAUGGAAUAAGAUGU